AUGUCAGACAACUCCCAGAACGGUACUUGUUCGGACCCCAUUGAAAAUUAUCAAAAAUGUACUGAAGAAGAGUUGGACAGUGAUAAAUGUGUUAAAUUAAAAGUAGAUAAUCAUAUUAGUGCUUAUUUAAACAAAACUAAUCUUGAUAUAAAAGUAGAACCUAAUGAUAUUAGUGAUUCCUUAAUACAGAAAGUGUUUUUGAAUUACAUUAUAGUUAAGCAAAUACUUAGCAAUUUGUCCUGGCAAGAUAAAUGUCUAUGCCAACAAGUAUGUAGAACUUGGCAUGCUGCUAUGCAAUCAUUGAAAAAGGAGCAAUUGAGUCCUGAAGAUUUUGUAUUGGAUCUUAAGCUACAUUCGUUUAAUACUAGUGUUAAAUAUAAGCAAUCUCAAAAAUUUUACAAUGAACCUUUAGUUGUAAUGACAUUUACUAAUGAAGCAGGAUUUUGCUUGACAUCUCAGUGUCAGCAAAUACAACCCCAUCCAUGUUCAGAACCAUGUAAUAAAGAACAUUCUAUAUUAGAUGUGGUUGACAAAUAUAGUAGUGCCCCAAAAGACUGUAUAAAUAUAUUGAAAUGUGAAUACUUAAUUUACAUGCCACUGUCUCAUUCAGAAACAUUUGAAUAUACUAUUACACAUUUCAAACUUUUACCAUUUAUGGGAGGGUUAUAUAUUCCCGCUAUACCAGAUGUAAAAUAUCACACUCUUAAUUUGAGAACAUAUGAUAAUAUGAAGCAUGAAUACUAUGAGUUUGUCAAUGAAUUAACUAAAGACAGGAUUGUUAAGGGUUUGCUAGUUUUUGUUACUGAUAAAUAUUUGUUACAUCCAGUGGAGGAUAUCAUAUUUAUAAAUUAUUUGAAGGAUGUACAAAAGGAUAUUCCCUAUGCACUUGGAGGUUGUAUUAUAGAGGACACAAUAUUUCAACAAAGUCAUUUAAGUGAUAUUGUUGAUGCAGCAAACAAUAAAAAAAAUUUCAUCAGUGAGAACUUGAUCUCCAUGGGCUUUUUUACUAUACCAAAGAGUAGUCCUAAUAAUGAAUACAAUUUUAGUAUGUAUUCAUUGGUUAUUCCAUCAGCUGAUUUAACAAAGGCUAAGAUACAAGGAACCAUUAAUGAGUUUGCUAAGAGAGUGCCCCAGUUUGAGUAUAGUGUGGGGCUCAAGUUGUCAUGCAUUGGCAGGGAUCAAAAACAUACUACUGAGCAGAACUGUUUGCGCGCGGCUUUCCCAAAUACAAGAAUAAUUGGUUGCUAUGGCAACGGGGAGCUGGGCUUGAACUACCCAGAAAAACCCCAGAAGGAUCGUAUCGGGGAUAUAAUAAAGCGACAACGUCUACAAUGUACGAAUCAAUUUGAUAUAUUGUAUUCAUAUUCUACAGUAUUUGUGUACAUUGGGUGGGGUAAAAUUACACAACCG